UGGUAGGUAUUCUUUGUUUAUAAAGUUUAAUAAGUUGAAGAAAAAACUCUACGUCUGUGCAAUUACUCGUAAUACGAAGCUAUAUAGUUAACUUCAGCGCGAAACUCAUUAACAAAACAUUAUAAUAGAUAUGGAUACUCAUUAAAUACAUGACACUAGUCAAACAUCGUGUCAAUAAAAUCGAAAGUCAAAUUGUAUGCGUUGUUGUAUGUUGGAAUUUGUUUUGCAAUAAUAAAUAUUAAUUUGUUAAAAUGGCAGCUGAAGAAAAGGGUGAAGGACCAGAGGAUGUAGACACUAUUGGAGUUUAUGUAGGCGGACGGAACCCUGACGGCGAAAGGCAUGGCGAAGGCUGGGCCGUUUUGCCAAAUGGCGAUUUUUACCAAGGUUGCUACUGUCGCGGCAUGAGAAGUGGCAAAGGCUUGUAUGUGUUCAAGAAUGGAGCGCGAUAUGAAGGUGAAUGGCGGCGAGCAAUGAAGUAUGGAGUCGGCCAAAUGCUGUAUCCGGACGGCUCUCGCUACGAAGGUGACUGGAGACAUGACUUGAAACAAGGCUUCGGCGCCUAUUACUACCCCAAUGGAGACAUUUAUGAAGGAGCUUGGUUCAAAGGCAAACGUCAUGGUUUGGGGACGUACUUCUUUGCCGAAUAUCAAGUUAAAUUCAUGGGCACAUGGGUAGAAGGCAGAAUUGAGGGGCCUGGGCAGAUAAUAUACCCCCGCGUGAGAUACCAUGGUUCCUGGUUCAAAGGCAUGCCCAAAGGACCUGGUUGUUUUGUCUUCGAUACGAACUGCAUGCAGCACGGAUUCUAUCUGUUUAUCAAAGACCCAGCUUUAGAAGAAUAUGGCGAAGGAGAGGAAGAGAAAGAAGAGAAGCCGAAAGAGGAUAGAAUAGAGGAGGGUGGGGAAGAGGAAAUAGAAAUUGAUGAGACUUUAGGAAAAAUAUCAGUAUGGCGCGCAAGAAACGUGACUGCGUACAUGGCAGAAUUUUUGCCACCCGAGCCUGUUCCGCUGCCAGUACACGACUCUGUCCCAUCCCUUGCUGAAGAGAGCCUGGGAACCGAGGUGAUGGCAUUCGAAAUACCCUCCGUGGUGGGCGAGGAAGAAGGUGGAGACGACAAUGAUUCUUGGCUGAUGCAUCGCCAGAAGUUUUUGGAGGAGACUCAACAGAAAGAUUAAGUAUAGAAGAGUCUACUUGAUGAUACUUACCUUAAAAAUAAAUUAAUGUGCUCAU